AUGAAUUCAACUUGGAGUUCCAUGACACGUGUGACUAUGACUACAUCAAGAUUUACAAUGGGGCCUCCAGGGAUGAGGGGAAUCUGCUGGGAACAUUCUGUGGUUCCCAGGUUCCCCCAAACCUCACAUCAUCAUGGCAUGUACUGUCUGUUAUUUUUCAUUCAGACAAACACGUGGGAAGCACAGGAUUCUCUGCCACCUACAGGAAAGAUAUCUGUGGAGGAGUGCUCACUGGGCCUUUCUGGAGUUAUUACGAGCCCUGAUUACCCUGAUAAUUAUCCCAACAAUGCAGAGUGCCACUGGCUGAUCCGGGCCGCCCCUCACACCAACAUUCGCCUGGUGUUCACAGACUUCCAGCUGGAGAGCCAGGAGUGUAACUUUGAUUAUGUUGCUGUCCUUGAUGGCAAUGGUAUUGAAGAACAAGUCCGCCAUUACUGUGGCACCACCAAGCCACCAGACAUCACAUCCACCUCCAAUGAGCUGCAUGUAGUCUUCAAAUCUGACUUCAAUAUUGGAGCCAGGGGUUUCAAGGCUCACUUCUCAUCCGGUGAAUGUCAGGAUGUGUUCAAAGCAGUGAAGGGCAAUAUCUCUAGCCCUCGCUAUCCAGAAAUGUACCCCAAUAAUAUUAUCUGCCAGUGGAAUGUCCAGUUACCCCCAGGCUUUCGUAUUAAGAUGUUCUUCCGAGACCUGGAGCUGGAGGAAAGGAACAGUUUAACGGAACAUUGUGAUUAUGACUAUGUGGCGGUUUACGAUGGGCAAAAUGAAGGCAACAAACUUCUGGGAAAAUGGUGUGGUAUUGAGGUCCCCUCACCAAUCAUGUCUACUAAGAACAAUCUGCUAUUGGUUCUCGUGACGGACAGAGAUACAGCCAGUAAGGGCUUCUCCGUGUUUUACAUUGGUGGUAAGUACACAACAACAGUAAUAAUUUUGCAUUACUUGGUGUUUGUGUCUGGAUUGUAUUGGGUCAAAAUGGGACUGAGCGAAGAGUCUCUUUUUGAUGAUAAAAGUUACUUACUGCAGAUUUUCUAUUUUCCAGGGCAGGCAAGUAAAAGGAUUAUUAUGAUUUGUUAA